CCAAUCUAAUUCCCCUUAUUUUAGUUCAUGAUUAUGUUCCGUUGAACUUCUUUUGGAGAAGUUCGGAGGGGAUUGAGGUGGAUUUUGAUCUAUAGCGGAUUUAACCCUCCCCAAACCCCUCCCCUUGCAACAGAACAAGCCCUUAUCGAUCCUUGUUGACUUCGUUAUGCAUGUCUAGUUCAUGAACAUCAGUCAGUCAGUGUCACUUCAUUACUCAAAAUCAAUCUGAAGGUUACUUUCACUUCCUACUAGAUUUAUUCCGAAGCAAAGACUGCAAUUUUCAAAUUUAUUUGUCAAUUAGGCUCGGUUUGGACACGACUACUUUUAAUUACUACUCCCUCCUUUCCCAAUUAUAAGAUGUUCUAACCUUUUCCUGAAUCGGAUGUAUGUACAUGUGUUCUAGGUGUUUGUUCACACAUUUUAGUCUGUAUGUAGUCCGUUUAAAAUAUCAAAAACAUUUUCUAAUUCGGAACAGAGGUGAUAGUAUAUUACUAUGCAGAAGAUGAGAGCACAGCCUGCCUGGUUCGGCUUUCAAGCACCUAUUGGUCCCAUGCGACAUACUGGUAAAAUCUUCAAAGAGGGGUUCCGGCUCAAAAACUCGGUCAAUGUUGUCUCCAUCAAGAUUGUUUCCUCCGACUAUGGCUACCCACUCAAUGUCUAUGGUACCAUCAUAGCCAGGGACAGUCUGGAUCAAAAAUGUGUCUAUAUAUUCCGGCGCGACCAGGAUGAUUGCCAGCUCAUCAGCUCAAGGGAUGAUUCAUUGAUUUUGACUGGCCCGAAGAGAGGAUUCAUGGUAUGCGAUGAUAUAUUCUUCGAAAUCAAUCUGAAGGUUAAGGAUGUGCAUGGGAGGACUGUCGAUGAUGAUAGACUCAGUAAAGGCCUGAUCGAGGUGGAUGCUAUCCGCAGGCUGGAAUUUGAUCCCAGAUAUAUGGUUGAAACGGAAACACUCGUCAGCAUGCACAGCAUAUUGGAUUUAAACUACACAUUUGUAAGGAGGUCGGUGGAGGGCACUGUUGAGAUCAGGAUCCUUCAGGGACCUGAUGAAUUCCAUGGGAAGAUCGCCGCUUCCACUACCAGCAUUCCAUGCGACAUUGUGCUACAUGAUAGCAAAGUGUCUGGUGCGCUAAUUGCAGGUGACAAUGGAGUCCUACAAAUGGCGCGGCGCGUAGUAGGAGUCUCUGUGGAUGAGAUACUGGUAUUGACUGUUGCUGCUGCUGUCGGUGAUGAUAAGUUAUCUGUCGGCACUGUUGAGUUUACUCCAAGGCGCAAUGGUUACGAUGCUGAGAUUAUCAUAUGCGGCAACUACAUGAUGCUUCUGAAGGUGACUUGGUCGAUUGUGUAUUUCUGAUGCAAUUCUUAGUUAUUCGGUCGCGGCAGUCUGCCAGAUUCUCGAGAUCCUUUUUUUUUAUAAUCCUCUAGAUCGUUUUGAUGCAAUGAAGUUCCAUUAUGCGGACCAGUUAUGGUACAUGCUCAAACAAUAUAUGUGUUCCAGCGUCUAUUGUAUCUAUUCUGACUCUUCUGGCUGAUGUAAGC